AUGGUCGUCGACGUCCAGCAUAAGCUAUCACAGAAAUCAAUUGAAGGGCAUCGAAACUUCUUCAUUUGGGCACCAACACCGAGGCUGAUUGGAGGUCUACAUGUGGACGAUCGCCAUCCUAUUACUGUCGCCGGCUUGUAUCGCUGGCUGACGCUUCUCCUGAAAAAGACACAUCCGUUCAACUUGCAUCCCGUCAGAAUAUCACCAACCGACGCUAUCUUCAGGUAUCUACCGCAACGUACUGGGGACGCGUACCCUCGUGAUUCUCAAGCGUGCCUUAAGCCGGGUGACAUAAGCGUAUUCCUACCUGGCGAAAGACAAUUCAGGUUCCAAUACGAUGUUCGCUUCGGCGGAAAGCAAAUCACCUACGCUAGAGAGGAGGUUCUAAAGCCAGAGGAAGCAAAGAGGAAUCGUAUGGCAGAGUCAUUCAUAGAGGAGGUGCAAUCGCGGGAUGGGCGUCGAUGUGUACUCACAGGUGCAUCAUCCGCAGAUGCACCUCUCACGGUGUGCUGGAUAGUCUUGCCAUCGUCAAUUAUGCUUGAUGACUACUACGAAGGCCCAGAGAUGCAACCGAUCCUUGCCGACAUAACACCAUACUAUGCUACAUCGAAUGCAUGGACGCUGCGUACGGACCUUGCGGAGAUGUUCAUAAACAAUGAGUGGGGCAUCGACGUUGGUGACAACUCCCGUGUCGUCUUCUUCGGUCUUUAUGACAAUUACUCGCAUCUCCUACCCCAAAUGUCUGCCAAUCUACAUCUCAGUGGGCCAAUUUGUGAACGUCUUACUGAACAUUUUUCCCGGUGCCUGAGCUGCAACAUCCUUGGUGGCGAUAUUUAUGACAAAUACGAUGGAUUUGAUGUGAAGGGUUACCUCGAGGACCUUGGAUACACUGACCGCGAUGACCUUGACCCGAAUGAUCCGGAAUGGCAAACCGAGCUCGGGAAGGAAGUUUGGGAGCUGAAAUUCAGGCUGAAGUGCGAGGAACGAGAGGAUCGGUUCGCACAAUACGAGACCGACGGUCAAGACUCUGACAGCCAGUGA